UUCCGGAUUGAAUACGAGCCUGAUUUCACGAGUUGACAAUAACAUAAGAUAAUUAAACUAUUACCAAUCUGUAAUACAAUGGUCUUGGAUGAUCAUACAUCGUGGUUAGACAUCCGUCAUGUAAUUUUUGACUAUACAUAUGUAUCUUCACCGUUAAUUUCUGCGCGCGCGUCAACGUCGAUCCCCACCCCUGGAGUAUAUGUUCCCGGGGGUUCCCCGAGUGGAUAUUUGCCAGUUUGCUACCCUGCAGUAUCCACGGUCAACUUUCAAACGGUUUUCUGAGUGGUGCCUCGCGGUGUACGGCGAUGGGCUGCGGGUUCAGUCGCCGCGUGGUACCAAACAGUAGCGGCGACCCGGGUGCAGGCGGCGAGAACGGCGGCUCCUUCGUCGCCGACGAAGUAGCGACGGCAGGGGCAAAUGCAGCCAAGGCGGUCGUAGGGGGGGCGGCGAAAGAUUCGCCCCUGAGUUUCGUAGUGCCGAUCCGGGAUACGGAGGGGUCAAAAGAGGGCAGUAUAAUACGCCGGCAUCCGCCGGUGAGGCUGCGACGCCUCGAGGAAGAGCAGCAGCUCCAACGGCCUAAGCUGACCCUCGGAGCAUUGGAACGCCGGCAGGCCGAGGCCGAGGAGAGGCGUCGAAAGAUAUUGGACUCCAGGGUCCAGUCUGCGCAGCACUUUCAGCGCAAGGUGCUGCAGGGAACGGGAAUAGCUACAUCGUCUCCGUCUCCGUCGAACGACGUGGACCGGGACCGGGACCAGGAGCAGGUGGUCCAAGACCUAGGAGAACGCAAGGAGUCGGAAAACGCGGAGGGCGAACACCAGGAAGGAUUGAAUCGAGCUGCGGUACCACCUGCAGGAGCUGAUUCUUCGUCAUCUUGACAACGGGCCGAUGCGUAGUGCUGUCUUGUUCAUCAUUGGUUGUCGAUAUAUACUUUAUACAUUACGUAUACAUAUCAGGGUCCGCGGAGGGGUAAUAAAGUUAUUUCCGGUCCUUGAUCGUGUGUGACGAAUACAUCCACAGAAUACACACUCGUGUAAGCGAUUCCUCCUCAAUCUUUAUGUUUUCCCCGUUUAAGGUCAGGGUUGUACAUAUAGGCAAGUGUGAAAAACACGUGUCAUCGAUUUCAUGGAAGUUCAGAACUAAUAUUCUGCUAAUGUUCCGCCGAUAUUGAAAGUUCUUACAUCGAAAUAAAAAAAAAACCAGUUGUACAGAAUGUGGAAAAUACGAAAUCGAUUGUAACCGUGCCGGGCGAUGACACGUGUGGUAAACGCAAUUUUAACCACUUUAAAUUUAUUCCUCCCGGGCAAUUACCAAAUAUAGUGAUAUACAUGUUAUGUACUCAUUAUAUCUGACUGUAAAAUUCAAAUGCAGUUAAAAUUAUUUUCAGUUUCAGCAUCGUUGGCUAUAUAACGUUAUGAUAUGGUCAUCUUAUGGUUUUCUUGCGAAUAAAAGCGUAACUUCUUAAUGAUGAGUAUGUACAUAGAUUAGUUGUAAACCGUAUUGUUUAUAGAUGAUAAAGUACAUAUAACCUAAUAUCCCAUGUAAUUGGAGAUUGACAAUUGUUUCUAAACUUGUGGGUACCCUUUAUACUGUACAAUUAAUUGUAAAACGUAAACUCUGUAUACACGUGACCGCCAUUUCGGUUCAGAUUGAGGUGAGAUUUGCAGCCAUUUGUAUGAAGUCAAGCUCCUUUUUUGCUUUCUCUCUCUCU